GGAUUCACUUCCUCGUUCAGCAAGCUAGGCAGUGAAGCGCUUGCCCUGUGCACCCAGAUCGUAAGAAUGGCGUCCGCCACUGCUCUUCGCUUGAGCUCGCCUGCUGCCCUUGCGGGAAGGUCAUGUGGAGCCUGCUCCGCGCAGGCCCCCUCUGCCUCAGCGACCACCCCCCUCUUCCUUUCUCGUGCUGCGAAGCGGGUGCAUAACCAGAGCGGAUCUAACUUCGCUGGAACCACCGCUGCAUUCCAAGGCAACAGCCCGAUUAGCAGCGGCAGACAGCUUAAGAAGAUAGUCGCCCAGGCAGUCGCAGCAGUCCCUGCGGCUAAAGCCACCCAGAAGAAGUCCAAUGGUUAUGAAAUCGUGACAUUGACUGGCUGGUUGCUGAGGCAGGAGCAGGAUGGGGUCAUUGAUGGCGAGCUUACUAUUGUGCUGAACUCCAUCUCCCUGGCAUGCAAGCAGAUCGCUUCCCUGGUGCAGAGGGCAGGCAUCUCCAACUUGACGGGGCUGGCUGGGGCCGCCAAUGUGCAGGGAGAGGACCAGAAGAAGCUGGAUGUUGUGUCCAACGAUGUUUUCUCAAACUGCCUGCGCUCUAGCGGACGGACCGGCAUCAUUGCCUCAGAGGAGGAGGACACCCCGGUUGCAGUAGAAGAGAGCUACUCAGGCCACUACACGGUAGUCUUUGACCCUCUGGACGGUUCCUCCAACAUCGACGCCGCAGUCUCCACCGGUUCCAUCUUUGGAAUUUACAAGCCCGACGAGAACUGUAUGAUCAACUUUGAGGAGGACGAGUUGACCGCCCAGGAGGCGAAGUGCGUGACAGCGGUGUGCCAGCCCGGCGAGAAUCUUCUUUCGUCCGGAUACUGCAUGUACUCCAGCUCUGUUAUUUUCGUGUUGUCCGUGGGCACUGGUGUCUAUGGCUUUACGCUGGACCCCCUGAUCGGCGAGUUUGUGUUGACACACGACAAGAUUCAGAUUCCCAAGUCGGGCAAAAUCUACUCCUUCAACGAGGGCAACUACCAGCUGUGGGACGACAAGCUCAAGAGCUAUAUGGAUUCCCUGAAGCAGCCCGACCCCAAGCCGUACUCUGCUCGCUACAUCGGGAGUCUUGUGGGUGACUUCCACAGAACCAUGCUGUACGGAGGCAUCUAUGGCUACCCGGCUGACAAGAAGAGCCCUACCGGCAAGCUGCGGUUGUUGUAUGAGUGCGCGCCCAUGAGCUUCCUGGCAGAGCAGGCCGGCGGCAAGGGGUCAGACGGCACCCAGCGCGUAUUGGACAUCCACCCCGACAAGGUACAUCAACGAGUUCCCCUCUAUGUUGGAAGCCAAGAAGAGGUGGAGAAGCUAGAGAAAUAUUUGAGGGGUUGAUUGAAUCGCUACACCGCCCAAACAUGACUGUACGGAGAGAUACUCACACUGCCCGUGUUUGAUUGAGGUAACGAGGUCAUCAUCUUCCAUAUGUUUUGGGGAGCGGGAGCACAGCCUCGACCAAGAUUGCAUUCUUGGCAUGGUUUCUAUAAGAGACAGUCCCACGUAUGCAGGGUGGCCUAGGCAUCGGUGUCUUGUUGCCAGCAGUUUCUAUGCCAUCAUUCAGGAGUACAUAAGGCAUGGGAUGCCGGCCCCCGUGGCCCAAACUUAUUUGUUGCGGGUCAGGACAUCGACCCAGGGAUGCAAUGUGAACAUAAGAUACCACCAUGCGAAGAGGUAGCUAGCAAUCUGCUCAGAGUCACAUGAUCCGGC